AAUGAAAGCCGUCGAAUUUUUAGGUGGAGUCAUAGUUGCUCCCUCAUCAAUAUACGGCUUCAUCAGAUGUGAGCUUUGGAUUCAUGUGAUAUUCAUAUAACACUGGUUGUUAGUGCCAUCGCUCGUUUGUAGUUAAUGCUCGUGAGCUAAAGCGGAGGGACCCGUUUUCCGCUCUUCGUGUCCUUUGCCCUGCGAGUAGUAACAGCUAGGCCAGCACAUAAUACAACACGAGGCGAGUCAAGCCACAGCCCAUGGGUCAGCGCUUGCUGCACGAACAACCAAAAUAUUCGCAGGCUAAUCAGUGUAUUGUGACCAAUAUGGGUUGACUCGUUGGCUAAAUAUCCAUAGAAACACUACAGCUUACCGCGCAAUUAAGUGUUGCAAUCGAUAGAAAGAGCUGAAAGUUUGUCUGCAUAAACUAGAAGAGUUCUAACGACGUUUGAUAACAAGCAUACUUGCACGUAAUAGCAUCACGUUUAGCUAAACGAAGCGAUCGACUCCGUGAUUUAACGCAAACAAGCCGACAGCUACGAAUUCACAGCUCCACGCUCAAUCCUCGAAAACAAACAAUCAGCGAAAAGGAGAAAAAGGCUUAUCCAGAUACAACUGCGACGCAAACUUAAAGAGAUGCUUUUGAGAGAUGUUCCGAAGAAUGGGCCAGACUAGAACGGUACUUAAGGUUAAAAUGACGUUUAUAGUUGUUUCGCCAAAGUUCCCUUAAACGCUUUGGUUCUAAGCGGGCACAGAAUAGCGUGUUCAGGAGAGUGUCCGCUCUGAAAAUGGAUGUUACAGCACACGUCUGAAGCGCAGCCAAAAACAGGCUUCCGCUGUGGCGCCUACGUGUGCGUGUCAAUGAUGGCGUACAAAACUUAUAGUCGACUCUGGAAGUUGUCUGAAAUCUUCUAGAAGCUACAAUAGAUAACCGCGAAAAAGACGCAGAGGAUGACAGAUUCGGGUGUAGUGCAUUAGGCAGAUUGCGUACCUUAGGGGCGCAUCAUUGGAUACAGUAGCAGCAAGAGUCCGUAGAUGAUGUUAAACCUACAGAUCUUAGACUUAAUACCGGACUGUGAUGAGGACAGUUCGUAGAAACGGUCGGUCCGCCACACAAAUGUCCACUUGAGAAAAAUCGCUGCAUUAACAGCCGAAGCAAGGGGGUAGCCUAGUUGCCAGCCAUAUAGAGGUAGAGGCUAUCUAGGUCGCGCACCGUAAAGCAAAACACGUCGAACGAGACGACAAAUAUGGAUCUUGUAUUGAACGCAACUGCUGUGUUGCUCAAUACGACAACAGAGCAGAAGGUUGUCCAAGAGUCAGUAGCUGCCUCUCUUCAGACGCCGACAUCGUUACUUGGCAAGUCGGAUCAUCUCAUCAUCUGCCGAUCGUGGAAGGAACCCCAACAUGUCCUCUUUCAGGUGGCCAACGUAUUAUUCAUAUUGGCUUUCGUAGCCCCGGAUAAUAAAUAUGGUGUGCUUUUUCUGCACACGUUGCUUAUGGUUGCAUGCCUUUUUACAACCGCGUGGGCUUGGAACGUCCUCUGCGCACCCGAUCUCUUCACCUACAGUUUCGUAGCCAUGAUCAUCAACAUGGGCCAGACCAUUUACCUCUUGUUCACACUCAGACAAGUGAAGUUCCCUGGAGAAUUGGAGGACAUUUAUGAGGUCUUAUUUGCCCCUAUGCGAGUCUCGCGCAUGCUCUUCAAACGACUUGUUUCGCUGGAGUACGCGCAGGUGCUGAAUCUCCAUGCUGGUGAAGCUUAUGCGAUGCAGAAUUUAACGCGGACAGAUCGCUUAGCGUUGCUCGUUGCCGGGAAAGCCAGCGUGCUUUCGGACCAUCAUUUUCUACAUCAUAUACAUCCGCGCGAAUUUCUCGACUCGCCCGAAUUCGAAUCUACGCGCUCUGGAAAGGAGGACAAGUACAAGGUAACCAUAAUCGCAGUGACACCUUGCCGAUAUAUUCUUUGGCAGCGUCAGAACCUCGAGUACCUACUGGUUAAGGAGGCAUUCUUGGCGGCUGUAUUUGCGCUGUUACUUGAGCGGGACAUCACGUCCAAACUGUAUGCUAUGAACGAAAAGAUCGUUACGGAGAAGGGAGAGCAGUUAGACAUACGCCUUCCAUCGGUCACCGGAAGCAUGACGUACCAGCUGGCAGCUGAAACCACUUCACAGCUUCACACAGGAUCCCGAUCGCACACGCCACACCUACAACGUGCAGGCAAGUUAAAAUUAAUCCAAAGACAUCGGCAUCUCUUAACAAUGCAGGCAAAAAUAUUCAGGCCUUAUGUAAAUUUAAGGUGUGAAGGACGAUAUGGGCCACAUUAGGAACCCAACAUACAAUACUAGUAUUUCAAUAGGAAGUCGGAGUUUGUUUACGUGGUGACUUCGAAUAUUAAAUGGAUAUGUAUGAUUUCAUUCUAUAAAACUGACGGCCAUGACCGGAGACGUCAGAUCGUAAAGGCUCAGCUUGGAAGAGAAAGAUGUUCUCUGCGACAGAAAAAACGCUACUCUAUGCGAUCCAUGCUGGAGAAAUACAUGAACGUACGCUCGGCCUCGUAGCCGUGCGGCGUUCAUGUAUAUCCUACUAUUUAUCCUACGAAAUGAUCUAACCUUGACCUUAGACGAUCCUUCAUGCCGGGAAGAUUCGACAUCAUUGAAAAUAAAAAAUAUACAAUGACCGAUCGUAUACAGUGAUACUUUUCUCUAGCUUUAUUUAUAGCAUUAUUACUAUUAUAGCAGAGAGCUGUACCUUUGAAACAGAACUGGUCGUGAAAAAAAGGUAUGAAACAGAAAUGUUAGUGGCUGUAGUAAAGAAUUGUUGGUUAGACCAUAAUGAACAAAGAAGGAACUAUCGAUCGAUAGAUAAGAAGGUCGAUCCAAGCAAAACUUCUUGAAACGAGAGCUUUCGUCGUCUAUUUAUCGAUGGUAAGGGGUAAGGCAUGUGACCAGUGUCGACUCAGUUAUGCCUUUGUAAGCUAUAGUUUCGAUGCGCAACAAAAGACAGCCCGUAUAUUGACGCUGGUGAAAAAGAAGCAGAUGCUUCACGACGCAUUCAGGCAAAAAUUACUCGUAGACCCUUUGAUGCAAUUGCCCAGCUAAGACUGGGCGGCCCGACGUCAUAAAGUCGAAGGCCAUUUCGAAAUUUUAAAUAUUACUCUCGCAGGUGACUCAUGAUGGUGUUCGUGAUGUCCACUUGUGCCGCAUCAAGAAACAAGUUCCGACGACUGCCGAAUGUGUCGAAGAACUGAAACACAGACGAUGAAAUUCUUUAAUGCGUCACAUAGUACAAGAUGGCUAAUAGUCGAACAUUGUACCAUUAGAAACCAAUUGAUAGGUCAUGUUUUUUUUUAGCUGUUAUUGCUUUCGUUCGAUUAACAGCACACAAUACUUCGUAUGUUGUAUAUGUAAUAGAGUUUGCGAUUAGAUGAUCGCAAAAAAGCGACCUGCAAUAGUGGUUCAUGUAAGUUCUAUGAAUGCUUCUAUCAUUGUGGUCGGCGCGAUCGUUGCUGCUGCCGUAAGUGUCCUGAGCGACGUCACCAUGUUGAUGGACACGAGGAACUUGUAUAAGCAUUUAAAAAGUAUGUACGUGUUGCGUACAACGCAGGCGAGGCUUUACCAUCAAACUGAGAUCUCAGGUUAGCACAUUUAAAGCAUUAGUUAGAUGAAUGUUGACCUAUCGCUCUAUAGGUUGAUUUGGUAUAUUCGUUUGUUCAGUGAACAACAAUGUGUUUUUUCAACGUUUUCGGAAACGUGUUUGCUCGCUUAGAUAGUUUAGUCACAAAUUUCUGGCAUCAAAUUCUUAAUGCGCAUGAGUAAAAUAUUAUUCGUAAUAGAACACGCUGUAAAUAGAUCUGACGCUAUAUAUCUCAGCUGGGCAAGAAAUAACGUCCUCGGUAGCUAUCAAGAUAAUUUUAGAUCUACUAGUAACCCAAGUACCAAUACGCAGAACAAGGUUCGAUAUACUAAAUUGGAAUACAGCAGCAUCACCGAAUGCUUAUUCAGAGGUAGUCUCUAGAUAUAAACAUCAGCAACUUGAUGGACGCUACGCCCGAAUUGUACGUGUUUGUGUGCGAUGUGAGUGACCUCUAUGAUUAAGUAUGACAUGUUAGAACAAGAUAAAAUCCCGGAACCUUUUUGCACGGGUUUACGGCCCCUCAUUUUUAGCUUUCGAAUGCCUUAAACGUUGCCUCCGAAACGGUAGCUUCUAGCCAUCGCCUCGAGCUGCCUAACCGACAAAGUGGUCUUUGAAAUUACCCUACUGAAAAGAGAAAAGUGGGCCGAUUAUACGUAAAAAUUGAAAUUAAUUGUUCGUGUAUUCCCAAACUAACAAGCUUCAUAACACCUAAUCCAAUGGGACCCAUUGGAUUAGAUGUUAUUCAAAAGUACGCAUUUAAGAGCAUACGAUUGUGAUAAAGCUAUGUGUGUUCAUUAAAUAACGUCCGUUUCUAGCUGGGCUCACCUAGUGAUCCGCGAAAGGCCGUUCGUCGCGGGUGCUAUUUGAAUCUUGAUGUUUUCUUGGCUUGAUGGAGGACUUCAGUUGAAAUUUCCGCAACGUCAAAUGGAAAGGUACGCUUCUAAGCAAUACAAUUUGCAUAAUUUCGCAUAACGAGGACAAUACGUGUUCAAACGGUGGCUUUCAGGUGGCUCUCCUGUGGAAAGGGAGAAGGAUCAGCGAAGCUAUUCAAUCAAGUAAUUGUGUUAGAAGUAUGAGCAGACGUCAGCCAUAUUUUUUAUUCCGGUAAAAGUACGACAAAUGACAGAGCGAGAUGCGGACCAUGAAUGAGGACGAAAACGAAAGUAUUCACAGUGAAGAUAAUACGCUAGUAGAAUGGAUAUACGUAGACUAAAAUCUGACCUAAAUCUCUAUUUAAGUAGAUAUUUCAGUACCGUCUCGUUGAAGCCAAUUCAUAAACGUUCGCAACGGAGUAUUCGCUUGCACCUCAAUGACUGAGGCUGCUGAAAACUAUAGUUAAUUAUAUUAACAUUUUUUGACUUCUGCAACUGAAAGAGUUAGCAUUCCAGUGGUAGUGUUGAUUUAUUAUAACGAUAAUAACUAUUCAUAUCUGUAAAAGAUAGCAAAAAAAAAGGGGUUUUGCUAUUGCCAGCUAAGGUUGUGAGGAUGUUCGAUGGUAGCAAGCAAAAAACUGUAACAUAUUAUAUAGUAAGUGUAUCGUCAACAGAAGGUUCGCCGACGAAAGGUUGUUCUUAUAAUCGAAGUUAUCAAUGUUCUUCUUGAACAAAAUACAAUUUAUUUGUAAUCUGUAAUAUGAUUAUUUAGAGAAACAUCGGGAAAUAGAAAGUCGUUCACGUCAUAGCUGAUUGACACGUGACUUUUUAAUCAGAACAGCCAGCCACAAGUUCGCGGGUUGGCUUUAGAUACCUAAUAGUUGUCCUAUUCGCUAAUAUAUACAAUUGUUCUAUAUGCUUUAUGUUAUGCUGCUAAAUGUUUGCUAACCAAUAGAUCGACUGCUUACUGCCGAAUAUCGCUUGAGGACCCGCAGGUUUACAGGAUUACAGUCUACAUUUUCUCCGAAUAAGUGCCAUUUGAUAAUGUGUAAUUUAGCAAAAUGAGAUCUUAGUACACGAUACAAAGCAAUGCCAACACAUCGUUCAACAGGGUCUCAAAGGAUUCUCGUUCAGCGGGUAGGAGGCGAAUAUAAGAUCCAUUUCUUCCUUCCUUCCUUCCUUCCUUCGCUUUAAUGAAGAGCGAAGUUUGUUGCUGCAGGAAGUUGCCGUUCUCAGAACUUUGGACUUUGGGGGCACUCUUAUGGUGUCGAUGGAGAUGUUUAUGGAAACCCAGUAGAACAACUGGUAGAACGACGUCCAAAACUGACAAAUAUGUUAGAGGAAAGUUGCCAUUAGUGAACCUCACGCUUCAUCUACGGAAGAUAGGACCGAUGUCGAUACCAAGUGUAUGAAAUUGAUAUUAUAACGCUUGAUAAAUACAAAUGAUUAUCAUUCAAGUAGUGACCUAAAGAACCAUUAUGUAAGAGUUCGGUAGUUAUUGAGGUUUGCCUUCGAUAAUGUUGCAUUAUGUGUUAUAGAGUUAUAUUAUCCUAGAAUAUGUGCGCAACAGCACCCCUUUAUCGGUACCCACACGUACGCUCCUCUAUAUAUAAUAGGAAAGCUCUGAAAACUACUUACUUAUAAUACGUGAUUGCAUAUGUAACGUCCUAACGGUUGUGAUCGAAAAUUAUAUGCAAUUAUUAUAGAUGACCUUAGUAUAUCUGGGACG